CCCGGCUAGGGCUACCGGGUGUGGGGUCGGUGCGGAUACUCAAUGAUGGAGUCAGGAUAGGACCUUCCGCAGAUACGCGGCCCGCGAGCCUACUUGUGUUGCGGGGCCAGGCUUCCAGGUGAUCUUACAGCAAGAUGCUGCUGUCCAUCGGGAUGCUCAUGCUGUCGGCCACACAAGUCUACACCAUCCUGACUGUGCAGCUCUUUGCAUUCUUAAACCUACUGCCUGUGGAAGCAGACAUUUUAGCAUAUAAUUUUGAAAAUGUGUCUCAGACAUUUGAUGACCUUCCAGCAAGAUUUGGUUAUAGACUUCCAGCUGAAGGUUUGAAGGGUUUUUUGAUUAACUCCAAACCAGAGAAUGCCUGUGAGCCCAUAGUGCCUCCACCGUUGAAAGAUAAUUCGUCCGGCACUUUCAUUGUGUUAAUUAGAAGACUUGAUUGUAAUUUUGAUAUAAAGGUUUUAAAUGCACAGAGAGCAGGAUACAAAGCAGCCAUAGUUCACAAUGUUGAUUCUGAUGAGCUCAUUAGCAUGGGAUCCAACGACAUUGGUGUGCUAAAGAAAAUUGACAUACCAUCUGUCUUUAUUGGUGAAUCAUCAGCUAAUUCCCUGAAAGAUGAAUUCACAUAUGAAAGAGGGGCCCACAUUAUCUUAGUUCCAGAAUUUAGUCUUCCUCUGGAAUACUACCUAAUUCCCUUCCUUAUCAUAGUGGGCAUCUGUCUCAUCUUGAUAGUCAUUUUCAUGAUCACAAAAUUUUUCCAGGAUAGACAUAGAGCCAGAAGAAACAGACUUCAUAAAGAUCAACUUAAGAAACUUCCUAUACAUAAAUUCAAAAAAGGAGAUGAGUAUGAUGUAUGUGCCAUCUGUCUGGACGAGUAUGAAGAUGGAGAUAAGCUCAGAAUCCUUCCCUGUUCCCAUGCCUAUCACUGCAAGUGUGUAGACCCUUGGCUGACUAAAACCAAAAAAACCUGUCCAGUCUGCAAGCAGAAAGUCGUUUCUUCGGAAGGGGACUCCGAGUCGGACACGGAGAGCAGUCAGGAAGAAAACGAAGUGUCAGAACAUACCCCUCUGCUCAGGCCCGUGGCUUCUGCCAGCACCCAGUCGUUUGGGGCUCUGUCGGAGUCCCGCUCGCAUCAGAACGUGACAGAGUCCUCAGACUAUGAGGAGGACGACAAUGACGAUACUGAGAGCAGUGACACAGAAAGUGGCGUUAACGAGCACAGUGUUGUGGUCCAGCUGCAGCCCGGCGAGCGGCGUUACAGCACAGCAAAUACGGUUUGACCGGGUGGGCGCCCGGGCCACUUCCCUUUCAAAUGUUUAGUUAGGUAUAGAAUUUGAUUUUUUUUUUCUCCCUUCACAGAUUUCUGUAGAAAUAACUUAUUUUUUAGUAUCCUACAGUUUAAUCUUGCUGAAACAGGUGGGUUUUUUUUAAUCUAGUAUUAUCUGCAGGAGUGUACUUCAUUUAACUAACAAGUAAUAACAGACUGGUGCUGUAACUAAAGCAUCAAAUCAACUCUUAUUCUGGAAUGAAAUAUAGCCAAAACAUAAAAAAAGAAUUCUCAGUAUAGCUUGCAAUUAAGACCUAGAUCACAGUGUGCAGUCAGUGCUGUGGGCACCUCGCAUGAGCUCAGCCAGCUCCCACCUCCGUAGCGGUACCUAGCCUAGAGUUGUGGAGUUGGGAUUUGGUCCGGUCCUGCCCCAGGUGGCCACCGUUAGGGAGAGGCAGCAAGGUGAUUUAGCAUUUUCCCACCGAUUGGCAAUAAAACACAAAGCCUUUUCCUUUCUUUUCCCAAGUAGUUUCAUCCUGAAAGGAAUGUCAGAUUUCAAGUUUUAAGGUUUUUAAUACUAUAGUAUUGCAUAUGAAUUUGAUUCGUUAGCCAAAGUAAUAUGUGUCUCUGGACUUAACUUACUGAAUUUCAGUAUCCUUAAGGUUUUUGUGUUGUGAUCAAAGUAAAAAGGAAGUAGUGUACAAAAAUACCAAACUUCAGCAACCGCUCACACACAGAUAAUAUACCUCUCAAUAAAGAGCAUCUUGCGCUGAUUAGCCCUGCUAAACUAUGUACAGAGGAAAUUGUUCAAGUAUUGGAUUUGAAAAUAAUUGCUUCAUGUUUAACAGAACUAAUGAUGUAUAUAAACAGUUUAUUAUGAAAAGCUAAAUUAUAUUAUACAUCAUUGUAACUACGUAGAAACUAUAGACUUAUAUAUAAUCAGAAUGCUAAGAAUUUUUAUAUGGCCUUGUAUGAAGGGAGUUUGAAUGUUAAUAAACACGUUUUCCACUUUAAGCACUUUGUUCUACUGGAGCAUGACCGCCAUUGGCCUUACUUUAAUAGGCAGUGCUGUAGAGGUAUAAAGCUACGGCGACUAGGGUCAUUUAGGUCAGACACACACAUCACCCUAGAAUUUUAUACGAGGUAACCGACUGCUCAAAAGUUAAAACUGCAGCCAGAAUCGUUCCAACAGUAAUGGGCAUUCUGGUACCCUGUUGUGAUGACACGCUGUGCACCCCUACUAGGCUGCUGAGGGGACAUAGUAGGUAUCUUGACGUGCCUGUACUGGCACUCGGGACUGACUAUACCAGGUACAUGAGCCUUUGUUGUAAAAAGAGAAAAAAUAAUACAUUUAAAAGAAAUGUAACACUGUUAGGGGGAAUUUCACUUUCUGGAUUGCUUUUUAGAAAAAGUCUUAUAAUUAACCCCAAAAAUAGUUAUUUCUGCUUAUGAAAAUAAAAGCUUGAAUUCAGUAUCUACUGUCUGACAUCUCAUUUCCAUGCCCACAGGCGUGAGAAGUAGAACAUUAGUGUACUUAGUGCACUAUGAUAGAUAGAGCUUUGGAAUUUGGUAAUUUAUUUUCAUUCAACCUAAGGUAGGGUGUGAGGACAAACACUGAACUCAGUGCCUGGCACAUACACACAGUAAGUAAUAGCUUUUAUAGUUAUUAAAUAAUAAACAUCAAAGCUGAAACAAUUUUUUUUUUAACGGGAAAAGUCAAAUCACUGUAACAUGAAUUAGAUACUGUGUUCCCUCAUUUCUUAACCUGUGGUUCAGAUCAAAUGACCUGCUUCCUCUACAUUUAAGUUAGGAGUUUUUCUGAGGUAAAAAUGACUUUUUUUAAAAAAACUCCAAACUGUUAUUUAGUUGUAAAAUGUAUGAAGUGUCGUAAUUGUUACUAGUUCUAAUAUUCACUUGAGAUCUUUUAUAAUGUCUUCAUGGUGUAACUAUACAAUUUUUUAAAUAGGACAUUAAAUAAAAUGAAAAUCAAUUUCUCUUCAAUACCUUCAUAAUUAAAAUUUUUUCUAAUUAUAAAAGGAUAGUCACCUGGAAACUUACCCCAGAGAUAAAGUUUAUUUUGACACUUUGCUUCUAGAAAUAUAUACAUGUAUAUUAUGUACUAUAUUUAUACUGUAUGUAACGUGUUUAUAUCCUCAUGUUACUUAACAUUCAUUGGUGAGCAUUUUCUCAUGUCAUUCUUCAAUGAGUGUUUUAUUCUCUGGACAAUCAUAUAAUAUAUAUAACCCAUAACCCUGAAAGUUGA